GGGUGUGGUGCCUGCAUGGAGAAAAAAAUGGGGGAAGCUGUAGCCAGAGUUGCCAGAAAGGUGAAUGAAACAGUGGAGAAUGGAGCAGAAUCCCUAGAUUUGGCUGACUGCAAGUUGAUGAUGUUCCCUAUUGGCAUUUACAAAGUCAUGAGGAAUGUCACCGAAGGGAUACAUCUCAUAACUCUGGCCAAUAAUGAACUCAAGUCUGUGACCAGCAAAUUCAUCACCACCUUCAGCCAGAUGAGAGAACUCAACCUGGAAGGGAAUUAUCUGCAUCGCCUGCCUGAAGAGAUGAGAACCCUGUUACAUCUGAAGGUCAUCAACCUGUCCAGGAACAAGUUUCGACACUUUCCUGAGCAGUUGACUACCUUGAAGGCUCUUGAAACCAUCAACCUUGAAGAGAAUGAGAUUACAGAUGUCCCUGUUGAGAAACUUUCUUCAAUGGAGUCGCUGCAGUGUGUAAACCUGAAGUCAAAUCCCCUGAACGAGGAAGUCCAGGUGAUUGCCAGGCCGCUGAUAAAAUUUGACCUCCUGGUGUCUCCAAAGGGAGCACAUGCUGCUCCGCAAGCCUGA